AUGGAGGCCACCCGGAGGAUCCCUCUUCCAGAAUCCACUUACAGACAUCUUCUCGGGUGUAGGGAUGAGAUCACGGACCUCUUCCUCAGGAAAUUCAGUUGUGACGCGGAGUUAAGGGGCCCUAAACCCAGCGGGUAUCAAGCUGCAUCAGUCAAGCCUGAAAUAGUUUAUAAGAAGAGAACCUCGGGGGGCCCCGUGGUCAGUGUGUGGAAGGAUGACCUCACUAGGCAGGACGCCGAUGUUGUGGUGAACGCCGCUAAUGAAGAUUUGGAUCAUGCCGGGGGGUUGGCCCGUGCUUUGGUGGAAGCUGGAGGGCCAAUCAUAGAGAAGGACAGCAAAGAAUACAUUAGGGCCAAUGGACGCCUAAAAACUGGAGAGUACGCAGUGACGCAUGCAGGAAAUCUCCCCUGUAAGUGUCUCCUUCAUGCCGUGGGCCCGGUAUGGUUCGAUGACGCAGCCGCCCAAUGCGAGUCUGAGCUCGCCGAAUGCAUCAGGAAUGUGCUGAAAUAUGUGGACAACCACAAGGACAUCGGAUCUGUGGCCAUCCCAGCCGUCAGCUCCGGGAUCUUUGGGUUUCCUCUCCAAAAGUGCGCAAAGAUUAUGGUGGAGACCAUUCACUCGUUCUGCAACCGCGUGACGCAGUCCCAUGUAACGGAGAUCCGGCUGGUGAACAACAUUGAUCUGACUGUCCAAGCCAUGAGAUCCGCCUGUGAAGACAUUUUUGGACGAGGUGAUGACCUCAGUGGCGAGACAUCAGCUUCUGGCAACCAAACGUGGCCGGUGACACGCAGCAUGGGCGCCACACCACAACCUUCAUCAUCAGCGUCCAGCAACAUGACCGGUCAUGGACAGCCCUCAGCACACGGGUCUUCUCCUCACAUGUCACAGUCCAUCACCAUCAACGGCUUAACACUCCACCUGACAAAGGGGCUGAUCCAGGAGCAAACCACGGCAGUGAUUGUGAAUUCGCUCGGCCCCGACCUGAACAUGAAUGGCGGACAGACCUCAACAGCAAUCCUUGCCAAGGCCGGGUAUGAGUUGCAGAUGGAAGUUAAUAAUUAUCGACCCUACUAUCCCUUUCCAACCAUGUUCCCUACAAUGGGAUACAGACUUCCCUGUAACUUCGUCUAUCAUGUGAUCCUGCAGUCUUACUAUCAAAGAAGCCUUCUAGAUGCUGUGGGACAAGCCACCGCACAAUGUCUGAACACCGCACACCAAAAUAACUGCCCCUCAAUCUCAUUUCCUGCACUGGGAACGGGAAAUUUUGGUCUUUCCAAGAAGGAUGUGGCUGACGUCAUGGUGGACGCUGUGAUGAGGUUCGCCGGAGGACAUCGGUGCUCCAUGCAGGUGUAUAUUGUCAUUCACCCGCAGGACACAGAGACUUACAAGGCUUUUCAAGAUCAGUGCAAGUCACAAGGAUGGCCCGAGAUUACAGAGAGCGGAGCCGAGCAGAGAGAUCCCAGACCUGAUGUCCAUGGUAAGUCCUCUGAGUUCACUGAUUCAGAAAUCCCAUGUCUGAUCAUCAAUGGAACAAGCAAUGAAGGUGUAGAGGAAGCCGAGGCCUGGAUGAAGAACGUUCUCCAAACUCAACCCGUCUCCAUACAAAAUAACCUCGUCCUUCUGUUUGGGAAGGAGGAACACGAUAUCCUCUCAUCUUCCGAUUUCCAAGAUGUCUCCAUCGAGGAGAAGCUGAGUAACGGGACAUCAGUUCUGAAGGUCGAUGGUCUCCCCCAGGACAAGGUCAGAGCCGUCAUACAGGUGGAGCGACUCCUCUUAGAUGUACAGGAGAAGCAUGCUGUGACCUUGGAGGAGGAGCUGCUGGAGGCGGCUGUGGUUUGGUUCUAUAGAAAUAAGAGUGGAGUUCGGAGAUAUCCAACCAAAGCCAACCGAGAGCUGGAGAAAGCCUUUGUGACCCAAAGUAACCUCACACUGACAUCAGAACCCCAUCAUGUGAUCUGUAUGAAGGACCUCACAGCAAAGGGGAAGGAUGGAACGUUUCAGCUGCAGAGACAGAAACGAAUUUCCCCGUGUGAUGUCUCCGAGGAACACUGUCAGACGUACCAGCGGGCUGGCAGCGUGAAAACGCGGGUCCACACUGAUUCAGAAAUCCCAUGUCUGAUCAUCAAUGGAACAAGCAAUGAAGGUGUAGAGGAAGCCGAGGCCUGGAUGAAGAACGUUCUCCAAACUCACCCCGUCUCCAUACAAAAUAACCUCGUCCUUCUGUUUGGGAAGGAGGAACACGAUAUCCUCUCAUCUUCCGAUUUCCAAGAUGUCUCCAUCGAGGAGAAGCUGAGUAACGGGACAUCAGUUCUGAAGGUCGAUGGUCUCCCCCAGGACAAGGUCAGAGCCGUCAUACAGGUGGAGCGACUCCUCUUAGAUGUACAGGAGAAGCAUGCUGUGACCUUGGAGGAGGAGCUGCUGGAGGCGGCUGUGGUUUGGUUCUAUAGAAAUAAGAGUGGAGUUCGGAGAUAUCCAACCAAAGCCAACCGAGAGCUGGAGAAAGCCUUUGUGACCCAAAGUGACCUCACACUGACAUCAGAACCCCAUCAUGUGAUCUGUAUGAAGGACCUCACAGCAAAGGGGAAGGAUGGAACGUUUCAGCUGCAGAGACAGAAACGAAUUUCCCCGUGUGAUGUCUCCGAGGAACACUGUCAGACGUACCAGCGGGCUGGCAGCGUGGCUGACCGCUUUGUAGAUCCUCAGUACACAUCAAGCUUUUUUUUGGGAUAUCGGAACCACAUUUGCACUUCGCCGGUCAGUUGGAACCGUUCCAGUCAUGAAGGAGUCCUUGAAAUCAGGAAGGGCAGCUUGUCCAUCACCGAGCUAAGCUCCCCGAGGACUCGUGGGUCCAUCACCGGCAGUCCCAUGAAUGUUCAGAAGGGGCGCCGUCCUGAAGAUUCACUCUCACUUGUUGUUCCGGUGGAUUCUACCAGUCAGGAAUUCCGGGACCACGCUGAUACAUUCAGGAGAGAGAGACUUACUCUGGUCAAGAUGGAGAAGAUCGAUAACGGAUAUCUGUCAGACAUCUUCCAGUCCAAGAAGGGGGUAAAACCGUCCGAUAAGAGAACCUGCCUGUUAUACCAGCUGGUCCCCAGACAGUUCUCCGGGCUCGUCUGUGAUGUCGGCUUUCAGAGGAUUUUCAGCAAUCCCAAAGAUCCCAGGUUCGGUCAGGGCAUUUACUUCACAGACACCCCUAGGAGGACUCUAGAUUGCUUCCAGACCCCGGAGGAGCAAGGCGGCCUCCUCCAUUUCUUCCAGGCGGAGGUUCUGAGUGACAGCUCUUCAGACGGUAGAGACGCACCAGUUCUGGUUCCUAAGAAGCCAUCGCACCGAUCCAAACCGGACGACAUUUUGGAUUUGUGUGAAAGUUUGGUAAAUUCCACCUUAUUCCCGUCCGUUUACGUCAUACCCGACAGUUUCCGAGCCAAUCCUCGGUGUCUGUUCACCUGCAGACGGCAAGGAGUAUAUUCUUCCCGUAUCUAA